CACACGUUGCUGCCGGCCGGGAACUCCAGAGACCGGAAGGGGGGCACGGAAAUAAGGACCCGAACUCACGGCCUUCUAGAAGUCGGGCCCAGGGAAACGACGUCCGGCCCUUGGCCAGCGGCACAACCUUUGCACGAGACCCGAACCCAUCAGACGGGACAGGCCAGCCAAACACGACCACCAAGAACCCACCAAGCAUCGGCUUCUCCACAGCACCAUUCCCCAAGCCGCUGCAUUUGCCGUGAUGCCACCCCUGCUCCGCGCGACCCCGCCGCGGGCGACCAGCGCCAGUCGGGCCCUCCAACGGCACCAUCGCCAUGCCGCAGCGGCAGCCGUGACCGGGAUCAGCCGCCCUGGAGCGCGCCGGUUCCUCUCAUCAACCUCCCGGGCCCCCGAUGACGGUUCGUCCACCAGCAGCACGAUAAAUCCGGCCAACUCUGUCCUGACGCGGCCGCCCCAGUCCGCCCCUCUGGUAUCGGCAACACCCCUGCUCAGCACCAACCCCACGACGCUUACCACCACGCACCCUUCUCGUACUGCUACUACCGCCGCGACGCAAGCCCGCUGGUCGUCGACGGUUGCCACUGACGACAAGCCCAAGAUGUACACCGCUUCGUUCGCCUUCUUCGAGGCGCUAUGGGACGCAGGCGUGGAGCACGUCUUUGUGAACUUGGGGUCCGACCACCCCAGCAUCAUCGAGGCCAUGGUCAAGGGCGCGCGGGAGAAGAAGGACCAAUUCCCACGGAUCAUCACCUGUCCAAAUGAAAUGGUUGCAAUGUCCAUGGCUGACGGCUACGCGCGGUUGACCAACAAGCCGCAGGCCGUGAUCGUGCACGUGGACGUGGGCACGCAGGGCCUCGGCGCGGCCGUGCACAACGCCAGCGCGGGUCGGGCGCCGGUCCUCGUGUUCGCGGGCAUCUCGCCCAUCACGCAGGACGGGGAGCUGCGCGGGUCGCGCACCGAGUUCAUCCACUGGAUCCAGGACGUGCCGGACCAGAAGCAGAUCGUCGCUCAGUACUGCCGCUACGCGGCCGAGCUCAAGACGGGCGCCAACGUCAAGCAGAUGGUCAACCGAGCCCUCCAGUUCGCCCGCUCCGACCCCCAGGGCCCCGUCUACCUGUGCGGCUCGCGCGAGGUCAUGGAGGCCGAGAUCGAGCCGUACCAGAUCAACCAGGACCAGUGGGAGCCCGUCGAGCUGGGCGGGCUGCCGAGCAGCGCCGUGCGCAAGAUCGCCGAGGCGCUGGCCGGCGCCAAGGAGCCGCUGCUCGUGACGGGGUACGCCGGGAGGAAUCAGGCGGUGCCGGGGGCGCUGGUCGAGCUGGCAAAUACGGUCAAGGGGCUGAGGGUGCUGGACACGGGCGGUAGCGAUAUGUGCUUCCCCGCGGACCACCCCGGGUGGCUGGGGUUGAGGUACGGCGUGGAGGAUGCGGUCCGGACGGCGGACACCAUUGUCGUGUUGGAUUGCGACGUGCCCUGGAUCCCAACGCAGUGCAAGCCGAAGGAGGAUGCCAAGAUUUUCCACAUCGACGUUGACCCUCUGAAGCAGGUCAUGCCCCUGCAUUACAUCCCCGCGCGGCACCGGUAUCGAGCAGACGCGCUGACGAGCAUCGAGCAAAUAACGGCGAUGCUGAAGUCGGAUGCCGGGUUGAAGGCGCAGUUGACGGGAGAAGAAAGCGACAAGAGGUGGGCGGCUCUGCAGGAGUCAUACAAGAAGCGCUUGGAAGCCAUCGAGCUCCGGUCUCAGCCGCUGGCGAACGGCGAGUUCGGGACGACCCAUCUCUGCGCGAAGCUGAGGGAGCUGUGCCCCAAGGACACCCUCUGGGCCAUCGAGGCCGUCACCAACACCCUGUUUGUCCAUGACGGCAUCCGACCGACUCUCCCUGGGCAGUGGAUCAACUGCGGCGGCGGUGGCCUCGGCUGGUCCGGUGGCGGCGCCCUGGGUAUCAAGCUCGCGACGGACCACGAGGCUCGGCGCAACGGCGAGAAGGGCAAGUUUGUCGUGCAGAUCGUCGGCGACGGGACGUUCCUCUUCUCGGUACCGGGCAGCGUAUACUGGAUCUCGAAGCGGUACAACAUCCCCGUGUUGACCAUCGUGCUGAACAACAAGGGCUGGAACGCUCCGCGCAGGUCGCUUCUCCUCGUGCAUCCCGAUGGGCUUGGCUCCAAGGCGACCAACGAGGAGAUCAACAUCUCGUUCGAACCCGCCCCCGAUUAUGCGGGCAUUGCCAAGGCGGCGGCCGGCGGAGACCUGCACGCCGCGCGGGUCGACAAAGCGGCCGACCUGGAGAGGGUCCUCAAGGAGGCCAUCGAGGCGGUCCAGAGGGGCCAGACAGCGGUGGUUGACUGCAAGGUCGCAAUGGGUUGCUAAUUCGGUCGCUUAUGCCCCGAACGCAUGGUUCUGCACCUCAUCUCUAUAUGCAGGAUGCCGCGUGGGGGUCGUACAAGA